AUGAGCCAAAAGCUCAAAGUCCUCUUAAUUGGCAGCGGUGGCAUAGGCACCGUAACAGCCUACGCCCUUGAAACCGGCGGCCUCGCAGAAGUAACCGCCAUCCUGCGCUCCAACUACGCCGUCGUCGAGAAAAACGGCUUCACUAUUGAUUCAGUGGACCAUGGCUAUAUUCAAAGUUGGAGACCGUCACAUACCAGAAAUACAAUUCCAAAUAAGGAAGAGAAAACAUUCGACUACAUAAUCCUGACCACAAAAAAUACCCCCGACAUCCCCCCAUCUCUCCCCAGUUUAAUCGUACCAGCGGUAACACCCUCGCACACUUCCAUAAUCCUCAUCCAGAACGGAAUCAACAUCGAGCACCCGUUUCGGGAGCGAUUCCCCACGAACCCCAUCAUCUCCGGUGUUUCCUUCACCAGCGCCACAGAGGUCGAACCCGGGUUUAUCAGGCAUGAUGAUCGUGAUCGUGUGAGAUUAGGCCCUUUCCCUUACUCCCGCAAUCGGAAUAGCGGUAAUGGCGAAUUAUCUGAAAGAGCAACAACAGCAACCCAAACCUUCAUAACCGCCUACAACUCCCCCAACAACCACAAUAUCGUAGACGUCCAACACGACCCCGACGUCCCCGCAACCCGCUGGCGGAAACUCAUCUACAAUGCCUCGUUCAACCCCAUCUCUGCGAUACUGCGUAUGGAUAUCACCCGGAUGCGCGUCUACGAGCAUGUCAUCGAUGAACUGGUGAAACCGGCUAUGAGGGAGGCUAUUGCUGUUGCGGGGGCUUUGGGGGUUAGGGUUGUUAAUGGAGAUGAAGAUGAAGAGGGGGUUAUUGAGCAGGCGGUUAGGUGUGAUCCGCCAGAGGCGUUUUUUAGGCCGAGUAUGUGUCAGGAUGUUGAGAAGGGCAAUUAUAUGGAAAUCGAGAAUAUUGUCGGAGAGCCGCUACGAGAAGGGGAGAGAUUGGGUGUUUCCACGCCGACUUUGAGGACGAUUUAUGCUAUUUUGAAGGGAUUGCAGGUGAAGGUCAAAGAGGAAAGGGGACUUGUAAAACCCGAGUUUGAUGAGAAGAGUCGGUAUGCUGGGAAGUCUGAGUCUAUGGCAUAG